AUGAUAAAAGGAAAUUCAGAUUUUUCACUCGAUUAACUGAUUGAUUCAUAGUGAUUGCAAAUUUCAAAUGGAAAAAAUUGUAACCCUAAAUCAUGAUCUACCUCUGUUACACUUCCCGAAUUCUCGGAAACCCUUUUCGAUUCCAUCUCCGGUUCUUCGAUUUUCAAGCUUCAAUCUUCGUAAGAAACGUCCUUGUCUUGCAUCGUCUUCCGAAACAGAGACCAAGACUGUGACUGUUUCAGAGAGCCAUGAUGUGGUAGUUGAGAACAGUACCGUUGGAAGAAGAUUGCUUGGUUUAGCCGCCGCCGUUGCAGUAGCUGUUUCUUCGUCGAUUUUUUGUGAUUCUCCGGCACUAGCUGAGUCUCUGACGAUCGCUUUCCCUGUUUCACGUGCUCGUGAGGUUACUACAGUACAGAGAACUCUUGUGGAAGCUUGGGGUUUAAUUAGAGAAACAUUCGUUGAUCCAACUUUUAAUCAUCAGGAUUGGGAUUCUAAGUUGCAACAGACAAUGGUGGAAAUGUUUCCUCUAAGAUCAGCAGAUGCUGCUUAUGGAAAGCUCAAAGCUAUGCUCUCUACGCUUGGUGAUCCCUUUACUCGACUCAUUAGCCCAAAGGAGUACCAAAGUUUCAGAAUUGGUAGCGACGGAAAUCUCCAAGGUGUUGGCCUUUUCAUAAACUCAGAACCAAGAACAGGUCACCUGGUUGUUAUGUCUUGCAUAGAAGGUAGCCCGGCAGAUCAUGCUGGUAUACAUGAAGGCGAGGAAUUAGUCGAGAUAAAUGGUGAGAAAUUGGAUGGUGUUGAUAGUGAAGCAGCAGCACAGAAGCUGAGAGGCCGAGUUGGAACAUUUGUUACCAUAAAACUUAAAAGUGUGAAUGGAUCAGGGACAGAUUCCGGUAUCAGAGAGGUCAAGUUACCUCGAGAUUACAUUAAGUUAUCUCCAAUAUCCAGUGCUAUAAUCCCACAUACAACACCUGAUGGACGUUUAGCAAAGACGGGUUAUGUCAAACUCACAGCGUUUUCUCAGACUGCAGCAUCCGAUAUGGAAAAUGCGGUACACGAGAUGGAGAAUCAGGAUGUUCAGUCAUAUAUCCUAGACCUAAGGAACAAUCCGGGAGGUCUGGUUAAAGCUGGCCUUGAUGUUGCACAAUUAUGGCUUGACGGAGAUGAGACUCUUGUGUAUACAAUCGACCGUGAAGGGGUAACAUCGAUCAACAUGAUCAAUGGACACGCUGUGACACACGAUCCACUUGUUGUGCUUGUGAAUGAAGGAAGUGCGAGUGCAAGUGAGAUUUUGGCGGGUGCUUUACAUGAUAACGGUCGAGCUAUACUUGUCGGUAACCGGACAUUUGGUAAAGGGAAAAUUCAGAGCGUAACGGAGCUAAACGAUGGGUCAGCUUUGUUUGUGACGGUAGCUAAGUAUUUGUCUCCGUCAUUACACGAAAUUGAUCAAGUAGGGAUUGCACCCGAUGUUCAGUGUACCACGGAUAUGAUCGAUUCUUUGACCGGUGAGAUACUUAAGAAGAUGAACAGUUCGGUUCCAUUGCUUGAAGCAGACUCAUGUGUUAUGGUCGCUGAGCACGAACUUGAGACUCGACGAUCCAAUGGAACAGCUUCUUGAGGGUUUGGAGGGGUUUCAAUAUGAAUUAAUAGGACAAGUAUAUAGUGUAUAUAUUAAUCGUUCCAUGUAUAAAUCUAUUUGGCACUUGUUGUUGUUGCCUUGUAUACGUAAGUUUAGUGAACUAGAUUAGUAAAAGAGUCGUAAGGAU